AUGGCAGCAAAUAUAGAAAAGACAUUCAAGUUUGUGGUCGUCGGAGGCGGCAUUGCAGGUGUAACGUGUGCUGAGCAGGUGAGACCACUGUGCACUUUGUCAAACUGCCUGUACUGCCUGUAACAUUGUCAACUUGACAUGUUAAACUGUUGUGUGAUUGUCUUUGACAGCUGGCCUCCCAGUUCCCAUCAGCUGAUGUUGCUCUCCUGACAGCAGCCCCCCUGAUUAAGGCAGUCUGCAACUUCAAACAGGUGAUCAUACACAUAUAGACUAGCUAUAAUGAUUAUUGAAUUGUGUCAAAUAUAAAAGUUAUAUUCUAUUAGACUGUAUUCUAUUAUAGACUACUAAUCUGUUCAAAAUAACAUUUGUUUAUGAGUUAAUACUAUAGCUAUGUCUACAAUAGAUCUGUCCGUAGUAAUUCCUUAUGCCCUAACGGUAACCCAUACACUCCCCUCCCUGGCCAGGUAUCUAAGACACUGGAGGAGUUUGAUGUGGAGGAGAGGCCCUCCAGUGUUCUAGAGGAAAAGUACUCCAACCUGAGAGUCAUCCAGUCUGCAGUGAAGGCCCUUCAUGCACAACAUCACGUGAGUUUAAAUAGUAAACACACAGGCUGAAAUGCAUUAGAUUAGGCUAAUGUGUGGUAUAUUUAUAAUAAUGUAUACAGUUAAAUUAUAGCUAUCUAUAUUAAUAUAACCGUCGAACAUCUCAUUCCAAAAUCAUGGGCAUUAAUAUGGAGUUGGUCCCCCCUUUGCUGCUAUAACAGCCUCCACUCUUCUGGGAAGACUUUCCACUAGAUGUUGGAACAUUUAGCCACAAGAGCAUUAGUGAGGUCGGGCGAUUAGGCCUGGCUCACAGUCGGCGUUCCAAUUAAUCCCAAAGGUGUUUGAUGGGGUUGAGGUCAGGGCUCUGUGCAGGCCAGUCAAAUUCUUCCACACCGAUCUCGACAAACCAUUUUUGUAUGGACCUCACUUUGAGCAUGGGGGCAUUGUCAUGCUGAAACAGGAAAGGGCCUUCCCCAAACUGUUGCCACAAAGUUGGAAGCACAGAAUUGUCUAGAAUGUCAUUGUAUGCUGUAGCGUUAAGAUUUUCCUUCACUGGAACUAAGGGGCCUAGCCCGAACCAUGAAACAGAGCCCCAGACCAUUAUUCCUCCUCCACCAAACUUUACAGUUGGCACUGCAUUCAGGCAGGUAGCAUUCUCCUGGAGUCCGCCAAACCCAGAUUUGUCCAUCGGACUGCCAGAUGGUGAAGCAUGAUUCAUCACUCCAGAGAGCGAGUUUCCACCUCUCCAGAGUCUAAUGGUAGCAAGCUUUACACCACUCCAGCUGACGCUUGGCAUUGUGCAUGGUGAUCUUAGGCUUGUGUGUGGCUGCUCGGCCAUGGAAACCCAUUUCAUGAAGCUCCCGACGAACAGUUAUUGUGCUGAUGUUGCUUCCAGAGGCAGUUUGGAACUGAGUGUUGCAACCGAGGACAGACAUUUUUACGCGUUUCAGCACUCGGCAGUCACGUUCUGUGAGCUUGUGUGGCCUACCACUUCGCGGCUGGGCCAUUGUUGCUCCUAGACGUUUUCACAAUUCCAGCACUUACAAUUGACCGGGGCAGCUCUAGCAGGGCAGACAUUUGAUGAACUGACUUGUUGGAAAGGUGGCAUCCUAUGACAUUGCCACGUUGAAAGACACUGAUUGUCUAUGGAGAUUGCACGGCUGUGUGCUCGAUUUUAUACACCUGUCAGCAACGGCUGUGGCUGAAAUAGCCGAAUCCACUAAUUUGAACAGGUGUCCACAUACUUUUGUAUAUGUAGUGUACCAUUAGGUCCCAGGCAUAAAUCCCUAUCCAACACUACCACCUUGUGGAUGUCUUUUCGUGAAUUACUAUGUUACCCAUUUCAUACAGGGCAUGCAUACAGUACAGUAAAUGCUAUGAAAAUGCAAGCAUAACGUGAUCUUCCUUCCUGCUUCUCUCAGACUUUGCUGACUGUGGAUGGUCUGGAGAUCCACUAUGAGAAGCUGUGUAUCUGUAGCGGGGGCAGACCCAAACUCCUUACCCAGGAUAACCCCUUUGUGCUGGGGAUACGAGACACAGACAGUGCCCAGGUACUUUACAAUGGCUUCCCAGUACAGAUUUGUUUCUUUAGCACCCAUUCACUUCAGUUAAUCUAGUACUCAUGAUGUCUUUUGUGCUGGCAGGAGUUUCAGAAGCGGUUAUCCAAAGCCAAGCGAAUUGUAGUCGUUGGAAACGGAGGGAUUGCCUUGGAACUAGUGUGA